GCACUGAAUCUGAUGCAUAUGCUUUGCUGAUGCCUUUCAACAAUGAUUACUCAGUAACCGCAUGGCAUAUGCACAAUUUGUCGUUCUGGUUGUUUUUCAGAUCCUUCCGAUUCCUUCGUACUGCGUCCUCCACCUCGUUCUCCUACCGGCAGCACAUUGCCAAUUUAGAGCCCACCCUAAUCAUAUCAAACACGCUGCUCAGCUGUUCAAGUAUCUAAACAGGCAUACUGGAUCGCUCAUAGCGACGCAUGAGUCUGAGCUUCUGCAUCCUUGAUUUGCUCCUCGAGAAGCGGAUGGUGUCGUUCCCUUGGUGUCGUUAUAGCUCAUGCACUGGCGAGACAUCGAUGCUGUCACUGCAUAGACGUCAACUCCGAAAUUUAAAUACAAUUAUAAGCACGCACAUCGCAAGCUAUAUAUACAAGUCCGCCACCACCCGACCCAAUAUUAUCCGAAAUGGCCCUCAUCACCAACUUAUUUACACAAGCGUCUCACAAUAGAAUCCCGCGUGCUCUGAUAACCUUCUCCGCACCUGGUCCGUGGGCGUUUCCCUCGUGGUAUUACAGAACCGCUGGUAUCCUUAUGGAAUUUC